AUGGAACAAUGGGCAAACAGAAAACUCAAACUUCUCAGCUCAGACCCAACCAGUGCGAAAACAAAACGCAACCCGUUCUUUGAAAAGGGUUGUGAAAAAGAUACAAUUUUGCAGGCUCAGCCAAAGAAAACUCACCGAUCAGCAAUGUUGGAGCAACAAAAAUGGACUCGAAAAAAAGGAGCUUGA